AUGGAGGCCGUCGAGACGGGCAAGCGCUGCGACUACCGAGACAUAUACCGCGUCCCGACCGAUGAGGAUCCGAACAGAUAUCACUGGGUGGAUGAGAAGCCGCCGGUAUACGGUGCUACAGGAGACAAACUUCGGACGAAGAAAGCACGGGAAGCUUUCGCGGUAAACGUCUACCAUCGUUUCGACGAGUGCCUAGAUGAAUGGAGAAUCCAUGAACUACGAAUCAACAGCACGCUCCUUCACGCUGCGCUGGAAAAGAUACUCGAAGGUUACCCAGGCUUGACACAGCACGAAAUGAAGACGUUUGCACCACCGUUUCUUCCAUUCGUCCAUCGAUGGGAAGCGAUGCUUAGCUUCAAGGAUAAUGUCGAACCAGAGUCGGAGACCGAGCAACAUCUUGAGCUACUGCAGGAAGUUCUCGAGCCCCUACUCCAAGAGUCUUUCGAGAAGAUCCGCGAUGUAAAGAUGACUGGGCAUAUUGCGUUCCGGGACCUGAACUUGGUUCUCAUCCCUGGCAUGAUGGUUAUGGACCAUGAGACUGACUCGGUCGGGAUUGUGAGGUAUUGUAAUCUUCAUUGCCUUCCUCCCCCAGCUCCAAAAACAUUCUGGGACAUAGGCGUCGAUGUGGUUGACUGGGACGGAAGGCGAUGUGGUCUCCUUGCUCAACUGAAACGCGUUUUCCAAUAUCAGGGCUUACGAGCCUUGACUGCGUUGGAUGUAUCGCCUCUCGAAGGUCUUCCUGAUCAAGAGAGUAUCCGCGGAAGACUCAUCAAGCGAGGCCGUCGGUUCGAAGAACUACGCGGCCAUUUCUUCAAAGCCUUUACCGACCAACACGAAGAACGUGUAAACGAACGAAUGGUUAUUGACGCACGAGCAUACCACAAAUACCAGUCUGCGAUGCCGUUUCCAGAAUACGCUAAACUGUCUGAGAUAGGCCAGCUAACGUGGGCCCAAUCCAUGAACCGUUACUCCUCCAGUGUGGCAAGCACCCCGGGAUCGCCAAUCGAACUCGAUCUUUCACCGAUGACCGAUGACGAAUGCCUUCUCGCUGUGCACUAUGUCAAGUGUUUCGACAUUGAGAAGAAGAAGUGGGAGAAGCUAGAUGUGACUAAGAUUCACGAGAUACCUUGGGCUGAGCAUGCUUUCGACAGCUUAGUCCUCGAUCAGGACGAGAAGGACCUGGUCUUGGCUCUGGUAGACCGCGAUCAGUUCAAGCAAGGAAAUCCCUUCGACGACUUUGUAGUUGGUAAAGGCCAAGGCAUGAUCAUGCUGCUUUGCGGCCCUCCAGGCGUGGGUAAAACACUCACCGCAGAGACCGUCUCUGAGCACCUGCGUCGUCCUCUCUAUAAGCUCGGGGCUGGUGAUCUGGGAACGACGGCGCGUGCCGUUGAGGAUAGUUUGGAGAACGCGCUGAAUCUGUGUGGACAUUUCGGUGCCGUCCUACUUCUCGACGAAGCUGAUGUGUUCAUGGAGGCGCGUACUACGAACAAUCUCCAACGCAACGAGCUCGUUUCAGUCUUCCUUCGCCUACUCGAAUACUACAAAGGCAUCAUGAUUCUGACCACGAAUCGGAUGCGCAGUAUCGACACUGCUUUCGAAUCUCGGAUCGAUAUCACGCUGAGCUACAGCUCGCUUGGAGAAAGUGAUCGCCUUCAAGUCUGGCGCAACUUCCUAGCUACUAUCAAUGCGCAAGAUGUGGAUGUCGGAGAAGCUGAACUGGAGAAACUGGCAAAGCUCAACUUCAACGGGCGUCAGAUCAAGAGCGCGAUCAAGACUGCAAAGAUCUUGGCGGCGAGGAAAAAGGAACGAUUGAGUGCAGAGCAUCUCAUGGUCGUGCUGAACUUGAGGCAGAAAGCACUCGGUAUGAUGGAUGGUGGGGCAGACGAUGACGAAGCCAGAAGGAGGGCAGACCGGGAAGAAACUAGGAGUAUGUGGUCGACAGCCACCGACACCGACGCUUCUCUUCCUAUCUAG